CUGCAAAGUCUGGCGUCCCAGAGACGGGAUUAAACAAACAUGACGUCAAGUAUGGGUGAAGAAGGAGCUCCCCUCUGCCUCCAGAACAAGGACAAGGCCUGCCUGCCCGAAGCAAGCACCACUCUACUUUAUUUUUUUGUUCCUUAAGCUUAAAGUCAGAGCCGUCUCCCCUCCCACUUGCACCUGCCCGUCCUGUUGAAGACAAGCCAAGCCAUCCAUCAAGCCAUCACAUCCAAAUACAAGCUCGCCAAGAAACGUCUUGCAGCUCCCGGCGAGGCACAAGCACAGCCAUCCCGUCUUGGCGUUUUCUCCCGAAGGGUCUUGGUCCAAACUACUAUUACAACCACACGCAUAACAGCAUCAUCCUUCACACGCCCGCGCCGGAGAAUUUACAACACCAUCUGAACGACAGGUCUGAACAAUUCUCACCAUGGGCAUCUUUGGAAAGCGUCGCGAGGCGGCCGCUGUCCCUGCCAACGGCCAUGCCAACGGCCACCACAACGGAACCUCCAGCAAGCGUCACGCCGCCGAGCCCUACACCAUGUCUCGUCGUCCCAGCUUCGGACAGUGGCUCAAAGGGACGCUGCUCGACAUCAUCACCAUGAUCUGCAUGGGCGCAAUUGGCCUGGGCAUUUACAUGGCCCCUCCCGCUCCCAACCGCUCCUUCGCCGUCACCUUUGCCGACGGCGAGGUCGUCUACCCGCAGUUCGCCUACCCGAUGCGCAACGAGAUCAUCCCCAUCUGGCUGGCCGCCUUCCUUGCCUCCGUCAUCCCCAUCUGCAUCAUCCUGCUCAUGCAGAUCCGCAUCCGCUCCUUCUGGGACGUCAACAACGCCGUCAUCGGCCUGCUCUACUCGCUCAUCUGCGCCGCCGUCUUCCAGGUCUUUAUCAAGUUUCUCAUCGGCGGCCUGCGCCCCCAUUUCCUCGAGGCCUGCCAGCCCGACCUGUCGCGCGUCACGGCCAGCCAGGGCGGCAUCGCCCGUACCGGCUACAGCGCCGCCGGCUUCCAGUCACUCUACGUCACCAAGGAAGUGUGCACCGGCGACACCAAGGAGAUCAACGACUCGCUCGAGAGUUUCCCCAGCGGCCACACCACGGCCGCAUUUGCUGGCCUCGGUUACCUGUUCCUUUACCUCAACGCAAAGUUCAAGGUCUUCUCCGACUACCACCCGGCCAUGUGGAAGCUCAUCAUCACUUACAUCCCCAUCCUCGGCGCCGUGCUCAUCGGCGGCGCUCUCACCAUCGACGAGUUCCACAACUGGUACGAUAUUUUUGCAGGCGCCGCUAUUGGCAUCGUCUUCGCCUUCUCCUCGUACCGCAUGACGUACGCCGCAAUCUGGGAUUUCCGCUUCAACCACAUCCCCCUCAACCGCGGCCAGGCCUUCACCUACGGCGCUGACGCCGAGCUGUACGACGCUGUCUUCACCCGCAAGGCUGGCUGGGGCAAGCGCGGCGCCGGCGGUCUGAUGCACGGCCACGAGAAGCACCACGGCCUCGGAGGCUCAGGCCACGGCGGUCACGGUAACGGGCACGGCGCCGCCACGGGCAUGCACGGUGCUGGCACGACGGGCGCUGCAGGCGUCAACGACUACGGCGAGCCUGUUGGGUCCCGCAAGCCCAUCGGCUCGGGAUCGCGCCACCCUGACGCAAUGGUCUAAGCUGUCGUUCGUGCGACGAACGCUUGGAAAUUUGCGCGAGCGUGUCAGUAUCAAUCAAACAACAGUAAUGGACCAGUUGGAAGUAGCAGCAUUGGAGUCUCGGGCGUUUUGGGAGUUACGAAUGACGGCCUUGCCGGGAAGAAGAACAAAUACCCCUCGAGACACAACCCCCUUGAAGCAGACAGUUUGUAAUUAAGUCUUUCCGCGUAGUAUCUUUAAUGAAGUUGUAAUGCUGAAGCCUUCUUGUCAUGAAGCAGUGAUGUAACGUAAAUACUAGUACGUAAU